GAUGCCGCAGGAAGGGCACGGCUUCGUGCUAAGUUGCUGCCAGUUCCUUCUCCGAAGACCGGCGCGAGCCCACUGCCUCGCAGUACUGCUCUUCGUCUGCAUCUGCCUCACUGUCGCUGGGUUUCUGAACACGGACUUACCGCCGGUGUCCGUUACCGCGGUGCCCUCCUCUGUCAGCAUGGAAGAUACCGUCAACACUGCCCACAGAGCUGAGGCCGAGCUGAACACGCUGGGAUCUCUUAUGAUGUCGCCACCAAAGACCAUAAUCGCAUACUCUCUAGAGCGUCAAGUGGAAAUGGAACAACGAGAACCAGUCAUCUGCCAUGAACUUCUUGGAAUGCGACCCACGCCCUCUCAGAUCCAUCGCAUCAACACCUACUGGCAAAGCCCUCCUCAUUCUGGCCUACACUUAUUCUCAGCCCACUAUGACGCCAGACUUAACAACUAUCACUACGUUCGCAUCAUUGGUAUGGUAGAAGGUCACAACAAUGUCACCAUUUACUGCCAAAUUUGGUACGACAGAGAGGUCCUUGUGUUGGAAGCAUUACGUGUGGAUAUUUGGGCCUCCCAGUGGGACAGCAAUGCUAGCAUAGACUCUGACAAUCCAGUGAUGUUCAGUUGUCCAGUCCCACAAAACAUCAGCAUCGAUACAGCUAAAAGAAAACGCUUUCCUCUUGGUGUUUCUGUGACAUUAAAACCUUGUGAAUUUCCUAGGACGUUCUUAUCAAUUCGUCCACCUCAAACCUCAGCGGAAGUACCCCGAAAAGAUUUUGCAGUGUGUGUGAAAGGCCUGGAUUUUGCAGUCCGUGAUAUGUCUAUAAGAAUUGCAGAAUGGUUAGAACUGAACUUAAUAUUAGGGGCAGACAAGUUCUUUGUAUAUGUGUACAGUGUACAUCCAAAUCUAAAACGAGUUUUAGAAUAUUAUUCUAGUAAAGGUGUCCUUGAAGUCAUUCCAUUGAGUUUACCUGGAAAACAACCAAACAUACCAAAGCAGAGAUCUAGGUACCUGAAAUCAAAUCUCUGGCAAAAGAGACGUGAUGAAGUUGUGCCCUAUAAUGACUGUUAUUACCGGAACUUGUAUUCACAUCGUUUCGUACUUCCGGUAGAUAUUGAUGAAGUCAUAGUUCCGGUAAGGACUUCAACAUGGAAAGCAAUGUUCCAAAAACUGUUUGCGGAAGAUCCACAUUUACUUGAUAAAUACUCUUCAUUUUCAGUGCGCAAUGUCUAUUUCUUUGACGAUUUCCCUGUGAAUGAUCUCCAAUAUAUACCAAAAUAUCACCACAUCCUCAGGCACACCACAAGAAGUGCAAAUUUUAGUCCGAAACUGGAAUCCAUUAAGAGUUUCGUGUCAACAGACGGUGCCCUUACGGUGUUUAAUCAUUACACUUUAAGAAUUUUAAGACCUUCAACAGCCAGAAACCUUGUGUUGGAUAUAAAUGUUGCUCAGAUGAAUCAUUACAGAGACACCUGCUCGUCAGACACUGUACUAGAUUGUCAUGAUAAUUAUUUGAAGUACAAGAAAAGAGAUACAUUGAUACUCCGAUAUGCUAAUCAAUUGAUAAGAAGAGUGGAAACAGUACUCAGAACUCUGUAUUUAAUUUAAGGUUUGCAUCAUUUGCUAGGUUCAGUAUUUUCAUCAUACAUUCGAAAUUGUUGGGACCGCCUCUGUGGUCUAGUGGUUAGAGUUCCUGGUUACAGAUUCAGAGGUUCGACUUCG